UUUACUGUAUCAAAGCGUGAAGGGUCCCAGCGUACCGAGAUGAUGUGCAUACGACACUUUUUACUUUUGCUCUGGAAGGAUAUCUACGUCGUGCAAAUUCGACGGCACGCCUUGUUGAACAUUGCCGAGUUUACGUUUCCUGCGUUGUUGACCUACACGUACAUAUAUAUAAGUGUCACACUACAUGAGUCUGCACCCACGGAUCCCACACGGCGCGUUCACCAUGACCGUGGAUUCUUUCAUGCAAUUGCCGAGGCAUUGUUCAACACGGCGUUGGUCGUCAACGAAAUGAUAUCGCAUGAUCAUCCAAGAAUAGAUAACAUUUCACUACCUGCCCCUGCUGUCUUUGCCGGUUCUGUAUGGAAAGAAUCGGCCAGCGAGAAUGCACGCGCAUUGGAUAAGACCUUCGUCCGCUACUUGUUCCAGAUGUUGCCCAUCUUGGUAUCGAUGAACUUUGUUCAACCGUGGCUGGUGAAAAAAAUAUCAACGGAACUCUCGCUUGGACUCAAGGAGCUGAUGAUCACCAAUGGCCUCUCAGAAUUCAUCUACUGGUUUUCCAACUUUGUGGGGAUGUUCUUGCUGUUAUGUAUCACAGCUUUGCCUGUUGUACUGAUUGGAAAAAUAAGAGUGCUUGGGCACGAUGCGCUGCUCGAGAAAAGCAACUUAGCCGUGAUAAUGUUAGGUGUCGUGCUUCAUUGCUUCGCGUCCACGCUCCUCUGCUUCGUGGUUGCAUCGGUGGUUCCCCGACCAUCUGUUGGCGUGGUUUCGGUGACUUUCGUUCUCCUGGGAACACUCAUCGCACCCAUGGUGAUGGCAACUGCCGUACCCACGGGAGUGGAGCAGAACAGCACAGAACACAUCCUUAUUACGUUAAGCUGUUUGUUUCCAAACAUUGGUUUCAGCUAUUUUCUUGUGAAUGUUGCCCUCCUGGAGGCUCGAGGAACUGGUGCUCAGUUGUGGAACUUGAAUCAAGUCGGUCUCCACUCUAUGACCAUCUAUAGACUACUGAAUGCAAUGGGCGGGUCCUGCUUUAUCAGCACUGUACUCACGUGGUACCUUGGCAACAUCUGGCCACUGAGCUACGCGUUUCCUGAAAAGUUCUGGUUCUUCCUCGAUCCUAUAUACUGGGGGUUUUGGCCAAACGUUGGUAUUUCUGGAGAGCAUGCGGGCGACAUCAAAGAGAAUCCCGCUAUUGUGGAGCCUGUUCCAGAAUCAAUGGAUCCAUUCCUAGUGAUGUAUAGGCUGUCCAAAGUGAUAGACCCACCAUACCUGAAGCAUUACAUACUUCACUCAGCCACCUUAAAAGCUUAUCUGGAUAAUAUAACAGUUAUCCUGGGCCGGAAUGGAUGCGGAAAAUCGAUACUGGUUCGUAUACUAACAGGCGCUAUUAAGCCUUCUGGAGGAACGGCGUUCCUCAAUCAAAUGGACAUCCGUUUGGAAGCUUCAAAAAUACGUAAUGUCUUGGGAUACUGUCCACAAAGAUCAUCGUUGUUUCAGCAUUUAACAGUGGAAGAAAACGUAUGGUUUAUUUCAGAGAUUCGUGGCCUUGAAUCGGUGCAUGAAGAAGUGGAGACAGCGUUGAUGCAGUUUCAGAUGAGUGACGUAAAGGGUAAAUUGGUGAAGAAUACCACUUAUGGUGAACAACGAAGGUUGCAGGUGGCAAUAGCAUUGCUUGGUCGGCCACAGUAUGCCAUAUUAGAUUCUCCUACAACUGGGACAGAUACAGAAUCUAGAAACAUAGUGUGGGAUUCAAUCUUGAAGGCACGGGCUCAGACCGGAAUGCUUUUCGCGACCAAUAGCAUCGACGAAGCUGACGUGGUUGGAGACCGUGUGGCCAUUCUUUCAAAAGGCGGUAUCCGCUGCUGCGGCUCUUCCAUAUUUCUCCGAAGGCAGUACGGGUUAGGAUACAGGCUGCAUCUGACAACGAGCAUGGAUUGUGAACAAGAUCAAGUCUCGAAAUUUAUUCGCAAAAUUCUUCCAUCGGCGUAUGUUUAUACGCGAAGGAAGCGCAACAUACUUUACGGAAUAGGCUUUGCUAAUCCCCGCGCUAUUAUAUACUUACUCGAAAAGUUGGAAGAAGUAAAAAAAAAGAUGAGGAUAAAACGGAUUGGGGUGUGCGCUUCCUCUUUAGAAGAUGUUCUUCUCAGAUUGGAAGAAGAAACAGAUCCAGAGGACUUUGCACAGGAUGACGACGAAGGAGAUAGCAAAAGCAGCAUGAUGCUAUCGAGUGUGCACGAGCCACGCAAGAAAGCGCACUUUGUUUGGAGGCAUCAGCUGCACGCCAUCUAUCUGAAAAAGACUGCGUACAUGAGACGUAGCUAUGUGAUUAUACCUGUGCUACUUGUCGUACAAGUUAUACUCAUGGGUGUAGAAGAAGUAAGUCUAAGUAGUCCAAACAACUGGGAAGAUGUGGACGCCGUGAUCGCCUCUAUGAAGCACAGUACGGUCUUCGAAUCAAGUGACCGUCAUGCCACGACUAGUGCACUCGCUAAUGUGAGCACUGAGAUCCACAAAGUGAUAUUUGCUCAGCGAACCAUGGGAACAAUUUUAGUGCCUAUUUCGCUGUCGCUUAUUGUGGCUGCUUUCGUCGACCUGCCACUGGUAGAACACACAAGUGGAGCCAAGCAGAUUCAACUCAUGGCUGGGCUCUCUGCAGAGCGAUUUUGGGUCAUCUCGUUUCUUCAAGACUUGACCUUUCACUUGGUGAUCACUGUGUUUUGUACCCUACCAAUGGUGGUGUUUGAGCUGCAAGUCCGAAAGUGCGGAAACUAUUUCCGAAUAGGUGCGUCGUUCAUUAUGUUUAUGAUGUUCGGAUGGUCAUUCCUCCCUCUCGUGUACCUAUUCUCGUUAUAUUUUGAGUCAUCCGUUAUUGCAUAUUUUGCCUUGGUAAGCUUUGGAUCUCUGUUUGGCGCACUGCUAAAUCUCAGCUUGAGCCUGCUGUCUCCGAGAGCGGUGUCAUCGUUCUGGCCCCGUGAGGUUACGACGGGUUAUGUGGAAGUAAUUUCUCUUCCUAUGAGACUCAUUCCGCAGUUUACAUUGGUUCAAGGAACCGGUUCUAUAAAGACACAGCUACUUGAGAACGAAGCGUGCUGUCACAUCUCGGGCUCGUUCUUGAAAUUUGUCUGCGAUUACCAAGUUGACACCGCAUCAAUGGCUGCGUUUUUCGCAAGCAGACUGCAAAAGUGUUGUGCAGGCGUGUGCAGUCAGAAGUGCAAAGUGAAUCAGCAAACACUUAGCUUAGACAGCAAGUCAUGUAUUUGGGAUUUUACUAUGCUGUUUUUGAGCGGUCUGCUAUACCUCAUGAUUGUGAUAAGUCGGGACAUGAAAGUGAAGCAGAAAUUUACGGCAACAGACGUAGAAGAAUUCAUGAAGAGCGUACAAGAAAGCGAAGAACCAAGCGAGGAUGGUAAAAAGCGAAUCGUAAUGGAGGAGAGCUUACUAGCAGAACGGAAGAAGGUUUCUCAACUAGUGAAGCGAUUCUUUGAUCCCAACGAAACGACUGUUCAACGUGGGUUAAUAGCUUUCGAGCUCUUGCAAGAGCGUGCUGGUUUCCCAGAUUUCGGGCCGAUCACCUUCUACGUACCUCCAGGGGAAAUAUUCGGUAUCUUAGGUCUGGCCCAGGCAGGUAGGACUCUACUUCUGCAAAUGAUUGCUGGACGGGAGCCACUGAAAAAGGGAAAUGCCUUCAUGAACGGAAUAGACGUGAAAAGGCGGCCAAUUAAUUACCAACAGCAGCUGGGUUACUGUCCUCAGUAUGAUCCUUUAAUAGACAAAUUGACGGGCGAAGAAAUGCUGCUUGUCAUUGCGGAACUCCGGGGGAUAGAGGGUGAAGACCUUGCAAAUGAAGUGCAAUACAUACAAGGAAAAGUUGGCCUCAACCAGACAUUGCACAUGCAAAUUGGCAAAUAUUCCGCUAGCAACCGCAGAAAGUUGUCGAUCGGCAUCGCCUUGAUCGGCGAGCCUCCCCUUGUGCUAUUAGACGAAUGUGCCCAGGGUGUUGACCCAGCUACACGAGGACGUCUGUUCCAAUCCAUGGAUAAAAUACAUAGUGACUGCGGCAUGGCAGUUCUAUUCACGUCGCAUUGCAUGAGAGAAUGCGACAUGUUCUGCGAUCGACUCGCAAUUCUCUCGAGUGGGGUGUUUUCUCAGAUCGGAAGUACAAUCGCACUGAAAACUUCAGCGGGACAAAGGUGCACAGUCAUAGUAAAACUUAGCGUACAGCAGUCUGUGAUGAAAGAUUAUUAUAAAACCCUGAUCCGUGGCAUGGGCGAGAAGUUCGACAAUUGCGUCAUUGCUGAAGUGAGGGAGGACCAAGUUUGGUUUCGCCUGAAAGGGACCACCUUGGUUUGGAGUGAGAUAUUCGAAUGCAUGGAAGAACUUAAGGAUGAGUUACACUUUUUGGAUUACUUGGUCAACGAGGCCUCCCUAGGGGAAGUGUUUUUGGGAUUCGCACGGGAGCGGAAGAUGGUGGACUUUGGCAAAAAUAAAGUGCGUUACUUCGACAAAGAAAAGCCACCCACCGAAUCCGAGGGUGAAGAAAUCAUAUAAUUGGAUCCACAAUAAAUGACACAUUUAAAC